AUGGAACCUGUUUUCGAUAUUCCUCACACACAAACAGCCAUCAUCCAGCAUGAAGGAGGAAAUCUGCAAAUCACACCAGGAUUGCCCGUUCCAGAGCUGAAACCUCAUAACAUACUUGUUCGAACUUCUGCUGUGGCUCUUAAUCCCUGUGAUUUUAAAAUGCCGCUUCGAUUCCCUACACCAGGUCUCUGGGAUGGAUGUGACUUUGCUGGUACUGUGGUCGCACUCGGCACUGAUGUGGUUGCGCAAGGACGAUUUCAUCUCGGAGAUCGAGUAUUUGGUGCAGUACAGGGUUCAAAUCAAUCUGAUCCUUUAUCUGGGGCUUAUUGCGAGUAUCUGAGGACUGACCCAGACUUCACCUUUCACAUUCCUGAGAAAAUACCAUCUCAUAUUGCGCCAGCAAUAUCAGGAACCGGUAUUGCAACCCUUGGAGUGGCUUUAUUUUGGUCAUUGAAACUACCUGGCAGCCUGGAUGAGCCGUCUAAAAAGCCAAUGGACGUGCUGGUAUAUGGAGGUAGUAGUGCUAUCGGGCUACUUGCUAUUCAAUUGGUAAAACUUUGCGGCCAUUGUGUCAUCACAACAUGCUCUCCUCAUAAUUUUGAGCUCGUUCGAUCAUAUGGUGCGGACUAUGUCUUUGAUUAUCAAUCUCCAACUUGCGCCCAGGAUAUUCGAGCCGUGACAAAAAAUACCCUGAGCUUUGUUCUGGACCCCUUUGCAGAAGCAAAGACAGUCCGUCUAUGCCAAGAGGUGAUUGGCCGCACUGGGGGACGAUAUUGUGCUUUGGAACAAUAUCAAGAGCAUUUGUGCUCCCGGAAAACGGUGAAACACGAGCUUGUAAUGGGUGGAGCCAUAUCUGGCAAGGGCGUAGAGCUGCCAGAGCCAUACGGAAUUCCACCAAAGCCUGAGAUUGGCGUGUGGGCACGCUCAUGGUAUCGAACUGUCGAGAAGUUGGUCAGUACAGGCCAAUUGAGGCCAUGCCCUGUGGAUCUUCUACCGGGGAAGUUUGAUGGGAUUAUGAAAGGGUUGGAUAUGCUGAGGGAAGGUAGUGUGUCGGGAAAGAAACUUAUCGUCUCAUUGCGAAGUGAUACAUAG